GCUGUUUGUAUCCAGUUCUCGGCUACUUCCUUUUCAACACUAACGUUCGACUGAGAGCAGUGCGUGCAGACGGCCUAGUAGACUAGGCCGACGAUACUUUAUCUUCUUGAAUCCUAGGCUAUAUGAAAACGUGAUCUGUGCACCAAAGCCUUCUCACAAUGAUUGGUCCAGAGAGAUUUCAGAUCAUAGUUGCCCUUGUCCCCUUUCUUCUCUUAACUCUGGGGGCUUUACACCUGCACAACUGUCCCAAGGAGCCCAUGGUCCCCAUCUCUGUCAUUGUGGGAUCAGUAUUCCUCAUGGUCAUACAGCUUGUUGCAGUGUGUGGUUGUCUUGAACUGUGUUUCAUCCCAGUUUUUCUGAUCCUCAUCUUUCUGUUCUGCUGGUUGAUUGCAGGUAGUGUGUUCAUCUACAGAGCAUUUCAACCCAACUUUGAGUCCAGACACUCCUUGGAAUAUUGUGAGAAGAUUCUCUACCAGUCCGCAUUCUGGUGCACCAACCUAGCGUGGGUAUUCAUAGUGGUUUUGGGGAUUUCUGGGCUGUGCAGACUCGUAUGGAGAUGGAGAGGUGCCUUUCAAAGAGCAGGUGACAUUGAAUGUGAAGGUGACACUGAAAAGGGAGGAGAUGAUGAAAAAGAAGGUGCCUUUCAAAGGGGAGGAGAAAAAGGAGGUGACUUUGAAGAGAGAGGUGACACUGAAAAGGGAGGUGACGGCGAAAGAGGAGGUGAAAUUGAAAUUACUCAAUCACUCAAUUUUAAUCCAAACCAACACCUAACCUGAAAACACAAACACUCACAUCUUAAAAACAGCAUUAGAGCAACAUCAUCAUAUCAUGUUUGCUCGUGUUUGUUUUUUUCUCUCAUAAUAUGUUUUAUUUGUGUUCAAAAUCACUAUGUUGCCUUUAUAACUGGAAUAGUAGCUUGUAGUGGUUCAAAAGCAAAGGGCACUGCCUUGAAGUAUGCUCAUUGUCAGCACUGUGCUUAUAUUAUUCCACUGGUCUCACAGACCUACUACCUCCAAAGACAGUUUUUACCUCUUAAUAUUCCUCUUGCACUACAAACUGUAGCCUAACCUGUGCUUCCAUGCACAUGGGCUAUGGGACAUGCUGCAUCUCUAUAAGAGCAUAAAGGUUCCCUAUUAGUACACUCAAAACCAUAGUAUUUUAGAAUUUCAGAACAAAAUCACAAUGGAAAAGCUUUGUGUUACAAUUACAGACUUACAGCCACUGCACUGCACAGGGGUGUGUUUCCCAAAACCAUAGUUGCUAACCUGUUAGGGGUGCUGAGCGAGCAGCCCAUCCUGCUUGUGUUAUUUCAACGGCAUUAUCAGAUCAGGGGCGCAGGAAAUGUAGUACAUCACCCAUUUGGACACACAGUGGGUCAGCUCCCCUGCCCUGUCCCAUUAAUGUCACCCCUUGCCUUCUGUCCCAAACAGAAAGAGCCUUUCACGUCAGGCCAGUGCGACAUUCGCUGGCUGGUAUAUUGGCCUUGCGCAAAUUGUCAACUGUUGAGGGAGGCCUUGAAGUCCUGCCUAUUCCUCCUACAUGGUCCAAGUAAUGCUGUCAGUGUGACACACCUCCCACUCCCACAUCCCUUUAUGAAACCCGUUUCCUGGCAUGACUGCGCACAGUAAUAGGCUAAAACAUUUCCUACUCUCAGUAGCAACAUGUAAAAGACACCGGGCUUAUUAUACAGUAAAAAUACAGUAAACCAAUGUACAAUUUAACCACAGGAUUGUGCCUCAGUUUUACUGCUGAUAUUAUCUUUGUUUCUCAUAUGCAUGUACUUUUGGACAUAUACGUUUGGGGGUUUUUUGUUUUGUUUUUUACAGUCAGUGACCUUUAUAAUGCAAUGAUACUGUGCAAUCUAAUAUCACAUUUCUUGUCCUUAUGAAGUUCCUGCUUCAUUGUUCUCGUUACUGCAAAUACACUCAUGUGUGCCAAUGAAACCACUGGUGUACUUAUAAAUAAAUCUGACUUGGAACCACAUCCCUUACUGGAAGUAGUUU